GUACACAUGUCACAGCAAUGCUUAGACAGCAUGCUGAAAAACAGUACCAGACAACAACUAGACGAAGAAUUCAUCAUAGAAGAGGGGCAUGGGCAAGAUCGCGACGCUUACUUGAAGAAAGAAGAAAUUCAAACGUACAUCAUUCAGUCAAAGAAACCACGCAACAUUGGACUGGAGGUUGUGGGCUCGGAUGGUGAAGGGGAGCCUGAUGAUGCAUCUGUUACCACUGAUGGUCCCUAUGAGUCUGUGUCACAGCAUACCAAUGGGUCGCCUAAACCUAAGCGAAAGAACGGGCGCUUGAGGCGGUCUAGAGGAUUGCAGCCUAGAGGUGUUGACACGGAGGUGGUAAACGCCGCCAUAGGGGAACAGAUUGAAAAGGAACAGUUCUUGGUCCAGAACGGUGACAGGUCGAUAAAAAUGAAUUUCUUUCUCAGCAUCUGGUCAACUCUUCGAAGUACGGACUGUGGGUGGCUUGCUAACACGUACUACAAUGGUAAAAUUGAAAUGAAGUAUCGCAAGCGCGAAGAUCUAUACUACUGGAAUCAUUAUCCGUAUGUGAUGGUAUCCGCUGUGGGACUGCUCGUGGUUCAGGCCAUCAUGCUACCCAAGACUUGGAUUCAGCUGAUCUUCCUCCUUCUGUUGACGUUUCUCUCCUCUUUUGCAACCCUUGUCUUCUACGCAGCAUGGAUGAAAGAAAAAGAGACUCUCGUGGAGACCGGCCCUCCUACCAUGACCGGCGAGACAAAGAAAAUCCCCCGCAGUCCGUUUAUCCUGCGCGUUCGUGCUGUUGUCAUUGAAAGUGUUCUUGCCCGGGACUUGAUCGCACUAGUGCUCAUCCUGCCAAUCUGUGCGUGUGCACUCAUCAGCUCGGCUCUGUGUGACGUCAAUCAUGUUGUCGAGGAAUGCAAUGGUACGUUCAUAGACUUUAACCGUACGCAGAACGCGGACAGCUUUUACUGUGACUACCCAAGCUACUACGUUUUCAGUUGCCUCCUCGCGUUGAGCACAUCCACAAUCUUCCCCGGAAUGCUGUUCCUGGUGAGGGCGCCAGUGCUUUUCCUUGUGGGUACUGUCAUGGCGGUGGUGCUUGCAAUUCCUCUCAGAGAUUUGUUCCUAGUCAGCGACUACCGACGCCAGGGCUUCUAUUCCAGCGUUGCUAUCCUGGAUGAUACUGCUUUUGAAAGCGUGUUCAUGCUCUGCCUCUAUGUGGUUAUCGUUAUCUGGCAGUCGAAGACGAUGGAUAUGGCACAUCGGCUGAGGUAUCAGAAGGAAUUGGAUAUCAACAAAGCAAUUGAGAACCUAAACCAAAUCGAAUCCAUCAAGGAAUUGGUGUUGGAGAAUAUUCUUCCCAAAACAAUUGCCGACUAUUAUGUGAAGUUCAAGGGUGACAACGAGCAAGACCCGGAUGAGCUGUACGCGGAGAAGCAUGACGACGUAUGUGUGAUGUUCGCUUCCAUUCCGGAUUACAUGGGUUACUACUAUGAGAUGGAGAAAGAGAACAGGACGGCGACAGAUGGUGGACGCGAGUCUCUCCGAAUCUUGAACGAAAUCAUCUCUGAUUUCGACUCGGUUCUCAGCAAGCCCAAGUUCCGGACUGUGGAGAAAAUCAAAACCAUUGGUGCCACUUACAUGGCUGCUUGUGGAUUGAGUGGACAGACCUUGAAGUGUAAGACUGAUGGCGAUGACCCACCUGCCGUUCAAGGUAAAUUCAAACAACAAAAGAACUUGGAAACAAUGAUUGAAUUUGCCGCAGCCAUCCAGAAGGUGUUUGGACAAAUCAAGAUUAAUGCGUUCCUUGAAUUUGAUAUGCGGAUUGGUAUGAAUUGUGGAACGGUUGUCGCGGGUGUCAUUGGGCGUAGCAAGCCCCUGUACGAUAUCUGGGGAAACACGGUCAAUGUGGCAUCACGAAUGGACUCCACUGGGGGUCAGAGUGAGAUACAGGUCACCGAGGAGGUAGCUCAAGUUGCCAAAGCCGCUGGUUACGAUGUGUCUCUACGCGGCACGGUGUUUGUGAAGGGCAAGGGAGACCUUAAAACGUACUACAUUCUAACCGGACUAUCACUGCGGCUACAAGCACAAGAGAAAGCGGCUGCCAAAGCUAAGAAGGACAAAGCUGAGAAGGACCAAGCUAGCAAAGCUGAGCCGUCAUUGUCACCAGCACUAGCAGCAGCAGCAGCUGCACCAGCAGCUGCAGCACCACCAGCACGAGCAGCAGGUGCAGGGCCGACGAAGAGUCUUGCGGCAUCUAAUACCGCUGUUACCCAGGUGGAAGAAUCGACCGCUGAUUCACGUGCUGCUGAAGCACCAGAACUGGCACCAUCGAAGGUAAAGAUACUGUAGGUCUAAACGUGGUGCCUGUGUGCCAAGUGCAGGUCCAGAUCAGGUCCAGAUCAGGUCCAGGUCCAGGUCAGGUCCUGUGGGCUGUGUGCUUCAUUGCAAGCUGCAUACUGGAAGUGUGUGCUAGUCAGGUUGCAGCAGGUGCUCUGUUGUGAACUAGGUAUUGAGUAGCCGUACUGACUACAGAUACUUAUAACCCAUGGGUCCUGGACUACUCUUAAUAUGCUGUCAGUGAAACUCUUUUCAAGAUGUAUGACAGGGUAUUGUUAGCCUACUGCAUCCCAUAGCCAGUACAAUCUUACUUCUUUGCUCACUGACCGUGAUCCGGGCAGCCUACAUCUAACCAAUGCCACACUUGCCGGGACAUGUUCGCAAUUCUUCAUAUUUAAAACCGGACAGCGAGACCAUUCUUUGCGUAUACACUUCAAGGCGCAUGGAGCUUGGUACCCUCUAGCCCUCAUUCUCGAUGGGUCGGUGAAUGUUUUGUUCUGCGCAUUUGGUCCACUGGCCAGCACCAUGCUUUCUCCGCUCUGGUAGUUGUAACACCUGUAGUAUAGCAAUAUCGUGUCUAUUUAUUUAGCUAUGCUUAACACGUUUUGGUAGGUGGGUGUGCACUGCGUGCUUGUGUGCAUGUAGGGAGCGUUGCAUGAGAGAUAACUAAUCAUUAACAACAACCGGACACAGGGAUAUUUUUUAGCGUGCAGAGAACGGUGUGAAAUUGUUUCUAGGAUAAAACGUAACGUACCAGCCACUGCCACUGUCAUGAGUUCUACCUACUACCUACUAGCCUGCCUAACAAUCUCAGUGUUAGUGUCUAUAUGCUACUACUAUUACUACCACCACUACUACUACAAUUGACUCUUAGUUCCCGUCUGUCAUUUCAUAGGUAAAAAAAUGACCUAGAAACUGUUCCCUUUUUUUGUUAUGGAAUUCUCAUUCUACUCCACGGCGCCAGUCGACUUGUAUCUUGUGAAAUUGAUAUCCGGCGGUAUGCACUGACACUGACCGGUAGGCUAUAUAUCGUUUGCUGCCAGCACCAUGGCCUGGUCUUGAUUGAGGCGCGUGCCGCUUAAACAAUCGUGCUUGUACUUAAUUAAUAAUAAUAUUACUGUCUAACGCAUGUGGAACACAUUUUUUGGAAUUCUCUCAUUAUAAUAAAGUCUUCUGUCAA